AUGAACGAUUACGAAUGGGACGAAUCGAAACGCCUCUCUAACGUAGCCAAGCACAGAAUCGAUUUCGCGGCUGUCAACGAAUUUGAGUGGGAAACCGCCCAUGCGGAAGAAAGUGACCGCUAUGGAGAAAUUCGCUAUGCUGCUACCGGCUAUAUCGGUAGUCGUCUUCAUCGUGUCAUCUACACAAUUCGCGGUGACAGGAAACGCAUCAUUAGCAUACGAAAGGCAAGUCCGAGGGAGAUGAGAGAGUAUGCCCAAGCUUAA